AGCGCGGCCCCGGAGAUACGCGCUAGCGGAUUGGAGAGUGGCUGGCGAUGCGAGCAGCUGCCACGGGCCCCUGGUGGGCUGGCGGGUGGUGCAGCCCCGUGCCCGAAACGAGGCUCUGAACACCGGAGGUUCGAUCCCCGACAUACCUCUCCGCCCCCCAUUUCCUGGGCAGAGCUGGAGAGUUGGCCUCGCGACGUCGCACCUGCUUUCUGAGCACCUUUAGUGUGACAGGCCCAACUUUGGGCGCCAAGGCGGCCCUCGUGUGGCGCCCACUCCAGGCAGCUGACUGUCCGGACGAUGAGUGAGAAGCCGAACAACGAAGUAAAAUGAAGGGAGACGCGGGCGGAGAUGCGGAGGAGUUGGGGUGGGGUAGGAAUCCCCUGGAAGAAGAGUCCUCAGAGCCCAUGGAGGUCUGCAGCCAGCGUUGCAGCAAUGUCCUGGACAGCCCUGAAGCCCCAGUAUCCCGAGAGAAGCAGGAGGAGAAAGAGGGGCCUAGGACUGCUGCAGGCUCUGGUCCUCAACCUGGGCUUUACAAUUACAUCAGGGAUGACUUGUUCACCUCAGAGAUCUUCAAGCUAGAGCUGCAGAAUGUGCCUCGACAUGCCAGCUUCAGCGAUGUCCGACGUUUUUUGGGCCGCUUUGGCCUGCAGCCCCAUAAAACAAAACUCUUUGGGCAACCACCCUGUGCCUUUGUGACCUUUCGCAGUGCUGCUGAGCGGGACAAGGCCCUUCGGGUGCUACAUGGAGCCCUCUGGAAAGGCCGCCCACUCAGCGUGCGCCUGGCCCGCCCCAAGGCGGACCCCAUGGCCAGGAAGAGGCAGCAAGAGGGUGAGCCACCAGCAAUGCGAGUUGCUGAUGUGGUGACACCUCUUUGGACAGUGCCCUAUGCUGAGCAGCUGGAGCGAAAGCGGCUGGAGUGUGAGCAGGUGCUGCAAAGGCUUGCCAAAUCUACUUCAUCCUGCAGGGAAAUUGGAAACACCAAUCGCACACUGCUGCCCUGGCUGCUCACACAGAGGCACAAGCACAACAAGGCCUGCUGCCCACUGGAGGGGGUCAGGCCAUCACCCCAGCAGACUGAGUAUCGUAAUAAGUGUGAGUUUCUGGUUGGCGUUGGGGUGGAUGGGGAAGAUAACACUGUUGGCUGCCGACUUGGCAAAUACAAGGGUGGGACGUGUGCUGUAGCAGCCCCCUUUGACACAGUGCAUAUCCCUGAAGCCACGAAACGGGUGGUGAAAUCCUUCCAGGAAUUCAUACGGUCCACCCCAUACUCUGCAUAUGACCCUGAGACAUAUGCAGGCCACUGGAAGCAGCUGACUGUACGCACCAGCCGCCGCGGCCAGGCCAUGGCCAUUGCCUACUUCCACCCCCAGAAACUGAGCCAUGAGGAACUGGCAGGGCUGAAGGCCUCCCUGGUACAACAUUUCAUGGAGGGACCAGGCAGGACCAGCGGGGUGACCUGUCUUUACUUCGUGGAGGAGGGACAGCGAAAGACUCCCAGCCAGGAGGGCCUACUCCUGGAGCAUGUGGCUGGGGACCGGUGUAUUCAGGAGGACCUGCUUGGGCUGACCUUCCAGAUCUCUCCUCAUGCCUUUUUCCAGGUGAACACACCUGCAGCCGAGGUGCUCUACACAGUCAUCCAGGAUUGGGCCCAGCUGGACAAGGAAAGUACAGUGUUGGAUGUGUGCUGUGGCACUGGUACCAUUGGCCUGGCCCUUGCCUGGAAGGUGAAGAGAGUCAUUGGGAUUGAGCUAUGCCAGGAGGCUGUGGAGGAUGCCCGGGUGAAUGCCCAUGCCAAUGAGCUAAACAACGUUGAAUUCCACUGCGGGAGGGCCGAGGACCUGGUGCCCACUCUGGUGUGCAGACUGGCCUCCCAACAACUUGUGGCCAUCUUGGACCCACCACGAGCUGGCCUGCAUUCCAAGGUGAUCCUUGCCAUCCGAAGAGCUGAGAACCUCAAGCGGCUCCUGUAUGUCUCAUGCAACCCCCGGGCAGCCAUGGGCAAUUUUGUGGACCUCUGCAGGGCCCCAUCUAACCGGGUCAAGGGCAUCCCCUUCCGACCAGUCAAAGCUGUGGCCGUGGACCUGUUCCCACAAACCCCACACUGUGAGAUGCUCAUUCUGUUCGAGAGGGUGGAACACCCCAAUAGUACGGGAGUCCUAGAGCACCAAGGCCCUCUAGCCCAGCCCUCACAAGAGCCCGCUAAUGAUACCACACUGGAAGUUGGGGCCUCCUUUUCAUCCUAGGCCCUGGAAACUGCAGGGUCCAGCUCUUCCAGAACAGGGCUUAUCAUGGGAGCAGAAGCUAGGGGGCUUCCCGUAGUCUUGCUUGUCUCAAGAUGCUCAGAAGAGCAAUCACAGGGCACAAGGCCUAGCUGCCUUGCCAGGACCAACAUGACCGUGAUAUCGCUCAGAAGACAGCUGGACUUCUAUGGCCUGUCCAUCCCUCACCCCAUCCUUCUGGAACAGCCAGGCUAUGAGGACCAGAAUAAACAACUGCUGAAUUCA